AUUGUGGCCACAGGAAUCUGUCGCACAGAUGACCACGUGUUGGAGGGUCACUUUGUUGACGUGGAUUUCCCAGUUAUCCCAGGCCACGAAGGAGCUGGCAUUGUGGAAAGCGUUGGAGAAGGUGUGACCUCUGUGAAACCAGGAGACAAAGUCAUCCCCCUCUGCAUUCCUCACUGCGGGCAAUGCAGCUUCUGCCGGAACCCCGAAUCCAACUUCUGCCUCAAGUCCCAUUUCUCUGAACCACAAAACCUGAUGCCCGACAAGACCAGCCGCUUCACUUGCAAGGGGAAACAGAUCCACCAUUACCUGUGGCUCAGCACCUUUGCAGAAUACACCGUGAUCCCGGAGUACGCCGUGGCCAAGAUAGAUCCUGCUGCACCGCUGGACAAAGUCUGCUUGAUCGGCUGUGGGUUCUCCACAGGCUACGGGGCUGCCGUCAACACCGCCAAGGUAAAACCAGGCUCCACCUGUGCCAUCUUUGGCCUCGGAGGAGUUGGCCUCUCUGUUAUAAUGGGCUGCAAGGUGGCUGGAGCUUCCCGCAUCAUUGCCGUUGACAUCAACAAGGACAAGUUUGCCAAGGCCAAGGAGCUGGGAGCCACCGACUGUGUCAACCCUCGGGACUUCCAGAAGCCUGUGGAGGAGGUGCUCACUGAGAUGACCGGCCACGGCGUGGACUACUCCUUUGAGGUCAUUGGGCAUGCAGAUACCAUGACAGCUGCCCUGGCUUCUUGCAAUAUGAACACUGGCGUCUGUGUGAUGGUUGGAGUAGCACCUGCUGGUUCAAUGAUAUCCUUUGAUCCUGUGCUGGUGUUGUGUGGGCGUACAUGGAAGGGGACUCUGCUCGGAGGUGGGAAGGCGAGAGAUUUUAUCCCCAAAUUAGUUUCCAGCUAUUUGGAGAAGAAAUUCGACUUGGACUUGCUGAUCACACACAUGCUGCCGAUUGCUAAAGUGAACGAGGGAUUUGAGUUGUUACGUGCAGGAAAAAGCAUUCGCAGCAUCCUGCUCUUCUGA